UUCAUUCCAGUGCCUCAUUUCACGACCACAAGCACUCCACGACGCAAUGCAUUGCUUUGCAAUCGCUUGUUUGCUCAUCAGCGCGCUGGCCGCUUCCCACGGGCACAGAUAUUCCUGGGGUCACUACAUACACAAGGAUGGCUACAGACUGUGCGUAUUCGGAAGGUGCUACACCACCAAGAGCACCACCACACCAACUCCAAAGACCGUUGCUUGUUCGAAUGAUACGGACUGUGAGAGCGUGUUCGCGGACGGUUUUUGUGAUAUCUACCUAGAGCACUGCAGGAAGUGCAAAGAGCUCGACUGUCUGUGUCGACGAGACGAGAAUUGUUGUGGAGACCGCGUCUGCGAGUGGGGAUGGUGUCGAGAGCCGAAGAAAUCCGGAACGGAAGGCGCCGCGUGCAAGAGCGAGAUCGACUGCAAUGAAGGUCUAUGUUGUGCGGAACACUACGGCAGAAUGAUCUGUAAGAGGAGAGGAAAUAUGGGACAGAGUUGUUACGAACCAGAUGAUGACGGCAAGAGCGUACAUUCCGUGUGUCCGUGCUCUGAAGGACUGAAAUGUGAAACGAACAUGUACAGGUACAAGUACUGGUUUAUCCAUUACUAUUAUCGUCGUCGUCAGUGUGUCAAAGCACCAACACCAACACCUACAGAACCAGCGCUUACUACAGAACCAGCAGAACCGGAAGAACCACAAGGAUCUGGAAUACUAACCACAGAUCCAUCCGUCACAUUCUUGACAGAUGCUCUUACAGAAUUCGAACAAGGCAGUCUUAAUAGAGCACGAAAAAAGAAGAAGAACUAGCGAAAGCGAUUGAAACAUGAACUACCGUGGUUCGGCGUUGAUUGCCGAGUAGAGUGCGAGUCUUGCUGUGCAGUAACUCUUGUAGUGAGCAUGCGUGUGCGCAUGACGCAACGAGUCAUUCAAUUGACUGGAAACUGUCAUUUCGUCUACAAUGUCUACUCUCGUUUUGUGUAAAUCUUAAAUCUGUUUUCUAAG